CGAGCCGGAGGGAGCCUGCGCGGCGCUGACGUGCCUCACGCGCACGCAAGGGGCUCGGCGGUGGCGGAAGGAAACAAACUCUCAGUGGUUUUUCUGAGGGAAUAAUUUAGCCUACAUGUGCUUCUGUACUUCCUGGAAGAAUGACAGAUGACAAAGAUGUACUUAGAGAUGUGUGGUUUGGGCGAAUACCAACCUGUUUUACAUUAUAUCAAGAUGAGAGUACUGAAAGGGAAGCUGAACCUUACUAUCUACUUUUACCUAGAAUUAGCUAUCUGACACUUGUAACCGACAAAGUUAAAAAACAUUUUCAGAAGGUUAUGAGACAAGAGGACAUUGGGGAAAUAUGGUUUGAAAAUGAAGGUACACCACUGAAAUGGCAUCAUCCUAUUGGUUUGCUUUUUGACCUUCAUGCAUCAAAUACAGCUCUUCCAUGGAGCAUUACAGUACAUUUUAAGAACUUUCCAGAAAAAGAUCUUCUACACUGUCCUUCUAAGGAUGUAAUAGAAGCCCAUUUCAUGGCUUGUAUAAAAGAAGCGGAUGCCUUAAAACAUAAGAGUCAAGUGAUCAAUGAGAUGCAAAAAAAGGACCACAAGCAACUUUGGAUGGGUUUACAGAAUGACAAAUUUGACCAGUUUUGGGCCAUAAACAAGAAACUCAUGGAGUACCCUCCAGAAGAUAGUGGAUUCCGUUACAUCCCAUUUAGAAUAUAUCUGGUAACAACUGAGCGACCUUUUAUACAGAAGUUGUUUCGUCCUGUUGCUGCAGAUGGACAGCUACAUACACUGGGGGAUCUCCUAAAAGAUGUUUGCCCUGCUGCAAUUAACCCUGAAGAUGGUGAAAAGAAGACUCAAGUGGUGAUUCAUGGAAUAGAACCAAUGUUGGAGACGCCAAUACAGUGGCUAAGUGAACACAUGAGUUAUCCUGAUAAUUUUCUUCAUAUCAGUGUUAUUCCUCAACCUGCAGAUUGAGGUGUCAGCCUGUUUGUAGGAGAAUCCACCUUUGAUCGAAGUAACAAAAUGAACUCACUUGGUGAAGAUGACGAGAAAUCUUUGCUGCUGCAAGCCAAACAGGAAGUAACAUCCUUCAUGUGAUAAGAGCAGUUGGGCCAGCUGUAUUUUGCAUCAGCCAUGUUUUUUUCCACUGCCAUCAUUAACUUCAAAUUUGACAUGAGAAACUUUAUAAGGCUGCUGCUGCAAGUCUUCUGUUUUCUAAUUAAAAAUAUGAAGCUGAGAGCAUGAGGAGCAAGUGGAAAUAUGUGCCACUUUGUAUUUCUUAUUAAUCAAUAAACGGGGGUAUUUUCUAAAGUUGCAACGGCUUGUCUUUAGAGUGAUAAGACUGGUUUAUUCUAGAAAAUAAGCAGUUCUAUUAAUAUUAACUUGGAGAAACUUUAUAAAAAUGAAACUACACGAAACUCUUUCCUUCAGGAUUUCAUAUGCAAGCUAUCUCUUCAAUUUUAUAUAGUUAGAUUUUUUUAAACAACUAUCACAGCAUGUUUUGUAUUACACAAGUUACAUUCUGAUCCUAAACAUAUUACUUGAAAAAGUCUUACUGACUUUAGGGUAUUUUAUUUCCAUGUAAUAUAUUUAGGAGUAUUGCAUAAUUUAUAUGGAGAUGGCUACUGAAUGGUCUCAAAUCUGUAUGCCAUAUUAAAGCAGGUACUAAGAUAAUAGUAUACAAAGGUGUCCAUCUGCCAGUGGAGCCGACACCACUGCAAAAGAGAAAGCCCCUAUGCUCUGGAGGGUUGAAGGGCCCUCAGGAGAAGAAUUGAAGAGUGCAAGCAUAUGAGAUACUGGGGGAGGAGAGGAAAGGGAAGUCCUGUUGCAUGAGUGAAGGUCUGCUUGUGUGAUGUAGGAUGGAGCCUACAGUGUAAAAUAUCUUUUAUUGGAAUAUACUGUAGUUCCCCCCCCCCCUUCUAAAACC